GCUCGGCACGACGGCCACCGUGUCCGACCCGACGACCAUCGUGCAGGACACGACGACCAUCGUCGACGAUCGUGUCGGACAUGAAGACGGUCGUGCUCGAUACGAUGGCGGUCGUGUUCGACAAUACGACGGCCGUGUUCGACACGACGUCGGUCACGACGACGGCCGUGCAUGACAACGAGCCGGACACGAGGACGAGAGCGUUCGACACGACGACGGUCAUGUUUGACGCGAUGGAGAUCGUGUUCGACCCGACGCUGAUCGUGUUCGACACGACAACCAGCGUGUUCGACACGACAAGGAUCGUGUUCGGCACGACGACCAUCAUGUUCGACACGACGAUGACCGUGUCGGACACGACGACCAUCGUGUUUGACACGACGACCAGCGUGUCGGACACGACAACGAUCGUGUUCAACACGACGACCAUCGUCGUGUCGGACACGACAACGAUCGUGUUCAACACGACGACGACCGUAUCGACCAUCGUGUUCGACACGACGACGACCGUAUCGACCAUCGUGUUUGACACGACAACGACUGCGGUGAAAGUGUUGGAGAAAACUUGUUGACGUCACCGAUAAACCAGCACUGGACAC